AUGUCGGGCCGUAUACCCUCUUUCCCUCCCGCCCAGCAGGCUCAAAUAAUUCGAGCGCAUCAGCGAGACGUCAUUCACGUCGCUUCGCUUCGCGAACAGGCCGAGAAUAUACUGCGAGCGUGGUUAGGCUCAAGGACACUCUCGCGCUAUGACAAGGAGAUCGAGCUACUCGUGAACCUUGCUUAUUUCGGCUUAACUACUGGACGCGCCAUCCAGACUCUGGGUGAAGAAUAUACCGGUAUAUGGCAGCAUCCAUUAAAGUUAAGAUUGAAAGGCGUGCAACUCGCGUUGAUUCUUUUGCCGACACUACCACAAUAUCUACUCGCACGUUUCGGGUCCGCACUCAAUCAGCGAAGUCUGCUACUGAGGAACGCGGUACAAGCUGCAGUCGGCGUACUGGAAAUUGUCGGAGGGUUGAAUCUCGCGAUAUUCUAUCUGCGUGGGACGUACUACGACCUUGUACGGCGCGCACUCGGCUUGCGAAGUGUUUCUGCAACACCAGAGAAUCCGCAGUCGCGACCGCCGUCCUACUCACUCCUCGGCGUGCUGAUACUCGUUCGACUUCUCUACCGAUUGAUCUCUCACUUAAAGUCCUCUCAAACGGCUGCGUCUGGGUUAGGCGAUGAACAGAAGCGACGUGUUGCGACAACUAGUGGUAGUGUCGAGCCACACAUCGACGGACGAACAGUCUCAGAGAUUCUCAACGCGCCAGACCCAGAUACCGCGCCCACGAUACCCGCUGAAGAGGACGAGUCUACCGUUUUGGAUGUGGCGAGCAUACCCCCGCAGAUUCGGGCUGGGCGCACAUGCACUCUGUGCUUGGAAGAAAGACGGGGGACGUGCGCAACAGAGUGUGGGCAUUUGUUUGACUGGGAUUGUAUUUACGGAUGGGGGCGAGAAAAGUCCGAAUGUCCAUUAUGUCGUCAAGCACUCGACUUGACAAAGUUAUUGCCAAUACGCAACUUGUAG